AUGGAAGACAACAUCACAAGAAUACAAGAAGACUCACCAUCAGAGAAAGAAGAGACCGGCGGCGGCAGGGCGCCAACGGACACCGCCGACGGUGAUACGAGGAGGCGGAUAUCCGAUACGCCGCCGCCGCCGUUCACCGAGGGCAUUCGGGUUCCCCCAGCCGCGCACGCCUCCCCAGUACGCGUGCAGGAAAGCAACGUUAAGAGUGACCGACUGCUGUCUCCGGCGAGCCGGCAUGGAGGAGAGGCCAUAGAUCGCCGGCAGGCGCCUCCGCCGCCGCCGGACGCGGCGGCGGAGCAGGCUGGGAGCUCUCAGGAGCUACAGCUCCCGGCGGACAUCAACUGGGACCGGCUCGACAAAUCGCGCUUCUUCUUCCUCGGCGCGGGGCUCUUCUCCGCCGUCUCCGCCGCGCUCUACCCCGCCGUCGUCCUCAAGACGCGCCUGCAGGUUGCGCCGGAACCGCCCCCGGCGCACGCCGCGGGGGCAGGGCUCCCGCCCUCCGCAGCUGCCGCGGCCACCACAAUCCUGCGGCGGGAGGGGCCCCUCGCCUUCUACCGUGGCUUCGCGACCUCCCUCGCCGGAACCGUGCCCGCGCGAGCGCUCUACAUGGGGGCCCUCGAGGCCACGCGCUCCGCCGUCGGCCCGGCCGCGCUCAGCCUCGGCGCUCCGGAGCCUGCCGCGUCUGCGGCUGCAGGCGCCGCCGCGGGACUCACCGCUGCCAUCGCCGCGCAGGUCGUGUGGACCCCCGUCGACGUCAUCAGCCAGCGCCUCAUGGUGCAGGGUAACGCGUGCCCGAACUCCCGCUACCGCGGCGGCCUUGACGCCUUCCGCAAGAUCGUAGCCUCCGACGGUCUCCGCGGCCUGUACCGUGGCUUCGGCAUGUCUAUCCUCACCUACGCACCCUCCAAUGCCGUGUGGUGGGCUACUUACUCACUAUCGCAGAAGAUAAUCUGGAGUGGGAUCGGCUGCUACCUGUGCCAGUAUGGUGUUGGUGUGCACCAAAUCGAUGGCGUCGACGGAGACACCUCAGUGCAGCCGAAUUGUAAGACUCUUAUGCUGGUGCAGGGCACGAGUGCCGCGGUGGCGGGCGGUGCCGCGGCGCUUGUGACCAUGCCGCUGGACACCAUCAAGACCAGGAUGCAGGUCAUGGACGGCGACGGUGAGCCGGUCACCGUGGGGCGGACGGUACGGAGGCUGAUCAAGGAAGGCGGGUGGGGCGCGUGUUACAGGGGGCUUGGCCCGAGGUGGGCGUCCAUGUCCUUGUCUGCCACCACCAUGAUCACCACGUACGAGUUCCUCAAGCGACUCUCCGCCAAGGGGCAGGACGGUGGCGUGCCCUGACUUCUGAUGGCAAGUAUAGAUAAUGCAAAUUAGGUGCUUUUGCUUUGUUUCUUUCGUCCCUUUCCACAGCUUAUCUGAUCUUUCAGGUCUUAAAAGGAGAAAUGGUGAUGAGUGUUUGUAGAUAGUCGUCGUUUGUUCCUUCAAUACAAUCCACUUGACUUAUGGCGUGUGCUGUUUAAUCACAUAUUUCAAGUUCCGAGCCUUUGCAAGGAAAUUCACUCUUUGUGCUUAGAACAAGCCAGAUGGUCUUUUCAUGGUCAUUGCUAACAACUAUACUCUUUCUGUUA